AUGACCAAGUCCCUCGCGCUCGCCCUCCUCGUCGCCGCCAGCGUUUCCGCUCAGACCCGGACGCAGACCGCCACGGGCGGCGACAAAACCUGCGCCGCCGACUACAUCGUCACGCAAUGCCUCCAGUCCGAAAGCAACAAGCUCGCCGCCUGCUCCGCCACCGACUACCAGUGCCUGUGCUACGCGUCCCAAGCCGUCGCAACCUGCUACAACAACUGCCCCGACGAUCCUCGCGCCCCUCAGGCAACGCAGAACAUGAAGGGCGCCUGCCUCAACGCCUCGCUUUACGCGACGACACCCUCCAGGACCGCCUCGGCCGCCGCUUCGGCAAAGUCCUCCACCACCGCCGCCGCCGCCGCCACCACGGAGGCCGCGGCCUCGACCACCGUCGCCACCGGCUCGGCCACCUCGACCGCUGACCGUGCCACCAAGACCAACGCCGCUGGGAGCCUUGCUGGAAACGCGGCGGGCAUGCUCGCAGCCGUUGCUGGUGUUGUCGUUGCUGCUCUGUAG